AUGGCAUCGUGUGAAGAUGAGGUGAUGCGUAUUGGGAAGAAGUUCGAGAAAAUGAUCCAAGGAACCAAAUCCAUGGAUAAUGCUCUCGAGCUUCUCGACGCCCUUUCUGCCCUACCAGUCAACAUUAAUGUUCUCACCAAAACCCGUAUUGGUAUGACUAUCAAUGACUUAAGGAAGAAAACAAGCGAUGAAAAUGUCUCGAAGCGAGCUAAAAGCCUUAUUAAGGAAUGGAAGAGUCUGCUUGAGAACAAGAAUCACAAAGGGAACGGUAUUGCGAGGGAUGUGAUGCCACGCACAGAUUCCGCUUCAUCGAAUCUCUCUGAGGAUAGUGGAUCACGAUCAGCCACCUCUCAUUCAACUCCUUCGACAACAGUCAAAAAUCCCACUCCUCCUCGUCCGGCGCCCGCAAGGUUGUUCUCAGGCGACGAGACGCGUAACAAAUGCACGGAAAUGAUUCUGAACGCGUUGAGAUCGCGAGAGUUACCAGAUGGAACGUUAGAUCCAGAGGAUUUAGCCAUCAGAGUUGAAAAGAAGCUCUUUGAAACCCAUCGUGGAACUGGAAAUACCUAUAAAGCUGCUCUUCGAAGCCGUGUUUUCAAUUUACGGGAUAAAAAGAACACUGCAUUACGAGACAACGUCCUUACGGGUGUUGUAUCUCCCGAAAAGUACUUCUGUUUGGAUCCCUCGUCAAACGUUUUUCCAGUUCAUGUGUGCUUUUUGUGUUCAUCCCCUUUAUUUUUUACUUCGUUGAAUUACAUUUUUAAUUGUUUCAGGUUCGCAUUGAUGACAAGUGAGGAGAUGGCAUCCGAUGAAAUGAAAAGUCAACGAGAAAAGUUUACCAAACAGGCAAUCGACGAGCACCAAAUGGCCGUGCAAGAAGGAACGCCAUCAGAUAUGUUCAAGUGUGGUAAGUGUGGUAAGAAGAAUUGCACUUAUCAUCAAGUGCAGACUCGAAGCGCUGAUGAGCCGAUGACAACGUUUGUGUUUUGUCGUGAGUGUGGUAAUAGAUGGAAGUUUUGCUAG